AGUGGUCGAGUAAUGUCGGGAUGGGUAUUUGUUAGGGUUUAAUAGUGCGUUGCAGCUGCCACUCUCUUCUUUUUUCCUCGAAGAUAGCCGUAAAAGCUCUCAUCUUCGUUCUUCACACACUUUUUGUUCCCGACAAUCACAAACCGUGUUGUCCUCUUACCGCUUAUCGUUGAUUCCUUUUUUGAUUUGUAAAUGGAGGCUGUUGCGAGCAGCUCCGAAUUCAGGAUCCAGACAGAUCGGGAUCCGCCAAAUAACGGAUCUUUCGGCGUCGCUUCCUCUUCUGCUUCCGCCGUCUUCAGAAAAAUCGAUUUUCGACCCGCUAGGGAACCCUUCAACGGCUUCUCUAGUGGGCGUUCCGAUUUUAAGAUGGAGACCUUAAAUCCUAGCUCCGAUAACAAGCGAGCGCUCUCCGCACCGUCCGUUAAGAAGCCCGACGGCUCCGAUUUGUCGGAGCAUGGGUUAGAUCCGGAGCUUACUUUUAGCAUAACCUUCCGGAAAAUCGGUGCGGGUUUGCGAAAUCUCGGGAAUACAUGUUUUCUUAAUUCGGUAUUGCAAUGUUUGACAUACACCGAGCCCUUAGCUGCUUACCUGCAAAAAGUUGCGCAUGAGAAACGCUGCCACGUGGCUGGUUUUUGUGCUUUAUGUGCAAUGCAGAAGCAUGUCAGGAAUGCCCGUCAAGCUAGUGGCAGAAUAUUAGUACCAAACGAUUUGGUCUCGAACUUGCGAUCCGUAUCACGAAACUUCAGAAAUCAACGGCAGGAAGAUGCACAUGAGUACAUGAUCAGUCUGCUGGAAUGCAUGCACAAGUGCUGUCUCCCUUCUGGUGUACCAAGUGAAUCCUCUGAUGCUUACAGGAGCAGCUUGGUACACAAAAUUUUUGGUGGUAGCCUCCGUAGUCAGGUGAAAUGCGAGCAAUGUUCCCAUUGCUCCGACAAGUUUGAUCCAUUUCUUGACCUAAGUCUAGACAUUGCGAAGGCAGAUUCAUUGCAGAGGUCGAAGGCAAAUUCAUGGCAGAUGCCGAAGCCAGAUUCAUUGCAGAGAGCACUUUAUCGUUUCACUGCUGUUGAGCUCUUAGAUGGUGGUGCAAAGGUUUACCAAUGUGAAAGAUGCAAGCAGAAAGUUAAAGCUAAAAAGCAGCUAACUGUUUUUAAGGCUCCUUAUGUUCUAACAGUACAUUUCAAGCGGUUUGAAGCUCAUAGAUCCGAAAAAAACGAUAGGAAAGUCGACUUUGCCCCUACAAUUGACAUGAAACCUUUUGUCAGUGGUCCCUAUGAAGGUAAUUUGAAGUACACUCUAUAUGGUGUGCUAGUUCAUUAUGGUCACAGCAUCCAUUCUGGUCACUACGCCUGCUUUGUUCGCACUUCAAGUGGAAUGUGGUAUUCCCUUGAUGACAAUAUGGUUCGCCUAGUUAGUGAGAAGAUUGUGUUCAAUCAGAAGGCGUAUAUGCUUUUCUAUGUUCGUGAUGGACAAAAUAUAGCCCCAAAGAAUGCAGUUGUCGUUAAUAGAGAGACUUCUAAAGAGAGCCUUGCAACAAACAGAGCUUCUUUGAUUGUAUCUCCUAAAAGAAAUGAACAAGUGAAUGGUUCAGUAGUCAUCAGAGCAUGUAGUUUAGACUCUCGUGUUGCCAAUGAUACAACACCCUUGAGAUCAUGUGAUCAAGGUGCUCCUGCUCUCUUAAGCCAAAAAGAUAUAAAUGCCAAAGAGACCCAGAAAGAUCCCCCAAGCAGUGUGGAGGCAAAAGAGAUCCUUAAGAGGGAAAAUGUUACAGCACCCUUGAAAUCAUGUGAUCAAGGUGCUCCUGCUGUAGUGACCCAAAAAGAGGCCAAAGAGACCCAGAAAGAUCUCCCAAGCAGUGUGGAGGCAAAAGAGAUCCUAACGAGGGACAAUGGUACAACACCCUUGAGUUCAUGUGAUCAAGGUGCUCCUGCUGUCUUAACCCAAAAAGAUUUAAAUGCCGAAGAGACUCAGAAAGAUCCUCCAAGCAGUGUGGAGGCUAAAGAGAUCCUUAAGAGGGAAAAUGGUACAUCACCCUUGAGAUCAUGUGUUCUAGGUGCUCCUGCUGGCUUAACUGAGAAAGAUUUAAGUACCAAAGAGACCCUACAGAAAGAAGUGCCACCCCCGCAGGCUAAUGGGGAAGGAUCUAUGGUAAAGGAGGAUUCAGAGGCUGCAUGCGCAAUAUUACCGGGGAAGGCUUCUCCUCUCCUGGAUGGAAGCGCAAACACUCAAAUUCUUGUGACCUUGCCUACUUCUGGAGCUAAAGCUGAAAAUAUUGACAAGAAGACUUCUGUUAAUAAUUUGGAUGAGCAUGCCAAUUCGUUGAAGGUUAAGAAUGUAUCGAUUGGUAAUUCACCUAUUGAAGCUGUUCUUGUUAAUCAGACUUUGGGACAACACUCGGAAGAGUUGACCACUUUGACUGAGUCAAUAAAGGCAACUUCUGAUGAGGAGAGACUCACCACACCAAGAAAGACUCGCAAGCGUAACAUGAAAACCAUGCAGGUGGGGUUAACAUUUUUUAAGCUGUCCCUGGGCGUACUUAAAAAAAAGAAACAGAGAAAGGGUAGAUCAAGUACCGUAGCUGUUAACAUUAUCUCUGAGGAGCUCCUAUCCAAGAAAAGAGCUAUCGAUCAAGAGCAUUGCACUUCACAGAUAAUUGGCGAAGUUGCUUCUGGCUCUGCUUGCUUGCACCUGAAGAAUAACAGUGUCAGUGUCCAUAAUAAAAGGAGAAGUAGUAAUGGGAAUAUGUUGCUUGGCUCUCCAACCGGAGAGCUCAAGGAGAGAACUAAUCAAAAUGGUGCCGUUCUUGCGUCAGACCAACAGCAUCCGUUGAGGAGUUCGGACAUGUCUGAAGCAAGCCAAAACGCCAAAAGAAAGAGAGAGUCUUCAAAAGAAGAACAAAUCUUGUUACAGAAAGAACAUGUGACCAUCCUCACGCGGGGUUUGCCAGAGACAGUGGUUGCCAAAUGGGAUGAAGAAGCUUCAGCUUCUAAGAAGAUGGGAAAGAGUGAAGGCACGAGAAUCGGUUAUGUUGCAGAUGAGUGGGAUGAAGAAUAUGAUAGAGGGAAGAAAAAGAAGAUAAGGAUGAAAGAGGAGUGGUAUGGAGGGCCGAAUCCGUUCCAGUCGAUUGCAUCGAAGAAACUAAAAGAUACAAAGAAGAAAUGGACGCAACGCAUGAAUACUGCAAAGACAGGCUUCAGGAUAUGAAUAAGGGACCAGCCGUAAUUUAUAAGAUAUGUAAUCCAGUUGCUGUAUUUGGCGAAAAGUAAUGUUUAACAACCGAGGAAAAGAGAGGCUAUAGACAUUAGACAUUGUUUGUGAUCUCUUUUCCUCUCAGUUUUGUUCAGUUUGUGACAAACAAAGACAGGCUCGAUCCCCUGUUUCUUGAGUAAGAUUAUCUGUUUCUUUUUCCUA